CUGCUUCCUGCUCUAAUUUGUAACAGACUAGAGUUGUUGAAGUUUACUGGUUGAAAAUGUGGCAGCCUCUCAUCUUCAUACUGCUGCUCAUUGCUCUUGUAAAAAAUGAACCAAAUACAUGGGGACAUUCUUGUCCAACAGCAUGUACUUGCCACUUAACCUUAUUUAAAGACUUGUCACUCCACCGCUGGCUCAAAGAAAGAGGAAAUCAUCACCAAGAGACAAGACUACUGCCAACAUCUAAGCAAAACAAUGAGGCAUUUUAUGAAGAAGACAUGUAUCCACCAGACGAGACACCAGACUACGAGAAUGUAUUACUUAAAAUGGCUAUGUGUGUAUUGCCAGCUGAGGCUGAUCUCCAUGAUCUCUUCAGACAAAUACCUACUGAUGUUCAAGUACUGUCUUUACUACAAGGCAGCAACACUGGAAACAUAAAUCUGGAGUUCCAGCACACAAAUGGCUUCCAAAAUUUAAUAGUGCUUGAGGUGUUGGGGUAUGACAAGGAUGAAGAUACAAAGUAUCAUAGCAGAGUACGAAGGCGAAACACUGACAUAAAUAGUGCCGAUGGUGAAAUAAUAUUACAUGAUAACGUCAUGAAACAUCUAACAUCAUUACAGUAUGUGAACUUACAAAAUGUGAAAUUACGUGGCGAAGUUAAAAAAAAUACCCCUCAGUCAAUUGGAAUAUCAAAUUCUAUAUUUGAUAUUAAUUUAAACAAACUUUCUGAGGGUUACUCAUUGGAAAAUGAACAGUAUUUUAGCACGAAUGAUAAUGCUGAUCAACAUUUUGUGUCAUUUAUAGCUCCAGAAACCAGUGACAAUGAAAUUCUUCCAUAUAGUGAAUACAUCAAGGAGCAAAACAAUGCCGGCUUGUCAGUAUUUGCUGGCUUAUCACAGCUUGUAUUUUUGAGAAUAGUUAAUUGUGGACUGCAUAAGGUAAACUGGGAAAUGUUUGAAGGGCUCAGUUCCCUUGAAUAUCUCUCACUAGAAAGAAAUCAUCUUCUAUUUCUUCCAGAAUUUGCAUUUCAUGGAACACCUAAUCUAAAAACUCUCUCUCUUGCACGAAAUAAAUUACUAAACCUGCACAGUACUUGUCUUGCGGGACUUCUUGAAUUAGAGAAAUUGGACUUGUCUCAUAAUAAUUUUUCACAUCUCUCUGAACUAUCUUUACCUCCUUUCCCCAAACUUCAUACUGCUAAUUUCAAGCACAAUCCUCUAGAAGCAAUCUUUGCCAGUACAUUUGAAAUUAUGAAUGCAACAUCUGUACUGUAUAUUGGAGGAGAUGGAUCUACAUUAGAUAUAAAACCUAAUUCUUUUGUAGGAUUACAGGCAUUAAAAAAAUUGAAUAUAUAUAACGUUGGGGUUCCUCUGCUGGAAAGGGAACUGCUUAGAGGAAUGCCAAAACUUACCGAUCUUGAAAUGACGGGCACAAUUAAUGCCCUGUCAUAUGAUGCUUUUCUUGAGGUGCGAAAACUUGAAAGACUUGUUCUCAACCACUGCAACCUGAAAACAAUUUCUAUGGAUGCCUUUUACGGUUUAUACUCCUUAAUUCAUCUUGAUUUGUCUAAUAACUUUUUAGAAUCACUGCCACCAAAUCUUUUCGAUCAACAGACAUCCCUAAAGGAACUUUUACUUCAUAACAAUUACCUCACUGAAUUACCCACUGGUUUCUUCAGGAAUGUUCCCGCAAAAAUGAUACGUCUUGAUGGCAAUCCUUGGCACUGUUCAUGUGCAAUGUCAGACUGGCAGCCAGUAGCAAUUAACAAAGUAAAGCAGAAGGUUAUGAAGUUCUGUGACUUCCAUUACGAUAAGGGCAGCAUGUGCAAGACAGACCACGAGGAAUACGUGUAUGACAAGAAAGUUGUCCCACGAUGCAAUACGCCUAAGAAAUAUAAAAACUGGACUGUUUUCCACACUUUACGAAAACAAUUACGCUGUACAUCAAGAAAAUAUUUGAAGGCAUACAAAAAAGUUCAGCUCAAAAAACAAUUUGAUUCUGGAAAAGCUUUGCGCAAACAAAAGAAUGAAAAAUAUCAAAUUCAGCAAGCCAUUAGGAGUAAUUUGAAGACUUCAGUAAUACCCCAAUCAGAGAAGCUUCCAUCAUACGCUGACAAUGAACCGGGAGAGCCACAAAAAAAUGCAACAAGAAAAACAGACAUUUCUAAUGUAGUAUCAGCAAAUGGUAACACAUUUAAGUUACCUGAUAUGUCUCAGGAAUCAGUAAGAAAGGUAAAUUUUAUAGAACAGACUGACAGCAGCAACAAACUCAAAAGUGAUAUUAACAAUAGCACAGACCUGCCAUCAUCCUAUAACAUUACAGUGAUGGAAUCAAAACCUUUGAAAGUGGUUAAUGUACAAAACAAUGAUGCAGGACAAAAAAAAAUUGUACCUACCACAAACAGAAAAUCUGAUGAGAGGGAGGAUGGCACAAUUAACUAUAAGCACAAAGAAAAGGCAGCACAAAAAUCCAACCAAUCAAAGUAUGACGAUUACUCAGCAGAGCUACAAAAUAGAAAUUUUCACAAAGAUCACACCAGAAAUGUUCCACAAAAAUCACUUAAUAUUUAUGACAACAAUGGAGAAAUAUCCAAAAAAGCUUGGAAACUUGAGCUCAAGAGAAAGCACGAAGAAAAACUUCGAAAAUAUGCAGCAAACCUGUGACAUUUCACAUGAAAAUAAAUUAUUUUGUUCCAGGAAAUGAUGAUUGACUAAUAACUUAUUUUUAAGUUCAUAAAGCUCCAUUUAGAGCCCAUCACACAAUCACGAAAGUGAUUAAUGAUGAAUUUUUGUAUAUAGGUAUUUAUAUACAGCUGCUGCUGUAGGGGCCUUUGAAACUUUGUCAGCCUCACAAUUAAAAAAAAAAACUGUAAAUACUUUGGUAAAUUUAUUCAAUGGGUACAGUGACAGAAUGUAUUAAAUGGACUGGAAUUUUCAUGUAUCUUUGUUAUGCAUAUAUUAAUUAUCUUUUUUUUUUUGCACCUUCAAGUAAAGUAUAGUGUUAUUGCCACCACCACCACAACCACCACCACCACCACCACCACCACCAAUAGUAGUAAUUGUACUAUGUCAUGAUUACUAAUAACUACUUGAGAAUUUUGCACAUGCACUCUGAAAGAAUCCUUGAAGCCAAACCUUCAGCUAUCAUACCCACCCACUCUUUCCAUAUUUGGCAAAACUGGUGAAUUAAGCAAACAGCCAAUAAUUAGGAAUUUGUUUACAAAAAUCAUUUUGACACUGCAUGAAAACAAACUGCCCUUUAAUUUCAUUUCAGUCACAAGUCUGUGUGUGUUAAUUCUGACUCAUUAUACAUACUUUUAUGUACAAGACAUUUCAUGUAAAAUGUGUUAGCCAUAACAAUUGUAGUAUAUGAAGAUUCAAUUGUUUUAACUAUGCACCUACUAGGAUGAUAUUUUUAUGCUGUAACAGCAAAUCUAAUAAUUACAUGUUAAUGAUGAUCAUUUGACAAAGAUGGCCACGUAGAACACUUCUUGCAUGUUCUUGCAGCUAUUUCAUGUCUUCCUAUUACCAAAACUUGUAAAAUUACUGAAUUCCUAACAAGGACGGUCUUUCCGUUCUGAACUGAA